GGGGGGGGGGAGAAGAGGCUUUGCAGCCAUUUUGUGUGUGGUCGGGAGUGGGUGGGCGCCGUGCUGUGAAGAGGAGCUGCCGCCACCAUGUAUAUCAAACAGGUGAUCAUCCAGGGGUUUCGAAGCUACAGAGAUCAGACUAUAGUAGACCCCUUCAGUUCAAAGCAUAAUGUCAUUGUGGGUAGAAAUGGUUCCGGGAAAAGCAACUUUUUCUAUGCAAUUCAGUUUGUUCUCAGUGAUGAAUUCAGUCACCUUCGUCCUGAGCAAAGGCUGGCUUUGUUGCAUGAAGGCACAGGUCCUCGUGUUAUUUCUGCUUUUGUGGAAAUUAUUUUUGACAACUCAGACAACAGAUUACCAAUUGAUAAGGAAGAAGUAUCUCUUCGCAGAGUCAUUGGAGCAAAAAAGGACCAGUAUUUCCUAGACAAGAAAAUGGUGACGAAGAAUGAUGUGAUGAAUCUUCUUGAAAGUGCUGGUUUUUCUCGCAGCAACCCUUACUACAUUGUUAAACAAGGAAAGAUCAAUCAGAUGGCCACAGCUCCUGACUCUCAGAGAUUAAAACUGUUGAGGGAAGUAGCUGGUACUAGAGUAUAUGAUGAACGUAAAGAAGAAAGUAUCUCUUUAAUGAAAGAAACAGAGGGAAAAAGGGAGAAGAUAAACGAGUUGCUGAAGUAUAUUGAAGAACGAUUGCAUACUUUGGAAGAGGAAAAAGAAGAACUAGCUCAAUAUCAAAAGUGGGAUAAAAUGAGGCGAGCGCUGGAAUACACUAUUUAUAAUCAGGAACUGAAUGAAACUCGUGCUAAACUUGAUGAGCUUUCUGCCAAACGAGAAACAAGUGGAGAAAAAUCAAGACAAUUAAGAGAUGCACAGCAGGAUGCAAGAGAUAAAAUGGAGGAAAUUGAACGGCAAGUCCGUGAACUGAAAACCAAGAUCUCAGCAAUGAAAGAAGAAAAGGAGCAGCUCAGUGCUGAAAGGCAAGAACAGAUAAAACAGAGGACUAAACUAGAACUUAAAGCAAAAGACUUACAAGAUGAACUGGCUGGAAAUAGUGAACAAAGGAAAAGACUGUUGAAAGAGAGGCAGAAACUUCUUGAGAAAAUUGAAGAAAAACAGAAAGAACUGGCAGAAACCGAACCCAAGUUCAACAGUGUGAAAGAAAAAGAAGAGCGAGGAAUUGCCAGGUUGGUGUGGUGGUUAGCGACCCUGAUGUCUGCUGUGAAAUGGAACUACUCAUCUUAUUUUCUUUCUUCAAACAGACUGGCACAGGCUACCCAGGAAAGAACAGAUCUUUAUGCAAAGCAAGGUCGAGGAAGUCAGUUUACUUCUAAAGAAGAAAGAGAUAAAUGGAUUAAAAAAGAACUCAAAUCCCUAGAUCAAGCUAUCAAUGACAAAAAACGGCAGAUAGCAGCUAUACACAAGGAUUUAGAAGAUACAGAAGCUAACAAAGAGAAGAACCUGGAGCAGUACAGUAAAUUGGACCAGGAUCUUAAUGAAGUGAAAGCCCGUGUAGAAGAACUGGACAGGAAAUACUAUGAAGUGAAAAACAAAAAAGAUGAACUACAGAGUGAGAGAAAUUACUUGUGGAGAGAGGAGAAUGCAGAACAGCAGGCUCUUGCAGCUAAACGAGAAGACUUGGAAAAGAAACAACAGCUUCUAAGAGCGGCAACAGGAAAGGCUAUUCUAAAUGGCAUUGACAGCAUAAACAAAGUUUUGGAGCAUUUUCGUCGCAAAGGCAUUAACCAGCAUGUUUUGAAUGGUUAUCAUGGAAUAGUAAUGAACAACUUUGAGUGUGAACCUGCUUUCUACACAUGUGUAGAAGUUACUGCAGGAAACAGGCUGUUUUAUCAUAUUGUAGAUUCUGAUGAGGUUAGUACUAAAAUAUUAAUGGAGUUCAAUAAGAUGAAUCUUCCAGGAGAAGUCACUUUUCUGCCUUUGAACAAACUGGAUGUUAGAGAUACUGCAUAUCCUGAAACAAAUGAUGCUAUUCCUAUGAUCAGUAAACUAAGAUAUAAUCCAAGAUUUGAUAAAGCCUUCAAACACGUUUUUGGAAAGACCCUCAUAUGUCGCAGUAUGGAAGUGUCUACACAGCUGGCCAGAGCUUUUACUAUGGACUGUAUUACUUUGGAAGGUGAUCAAGUGAGCCACCGAGGUGCUUUAACUGGGGGCUAUUAUGACACACGAAAGUCUCGACUUGAACUCCAGAAAGAUGUUAGAAAAGCAGAAGAAGAACUAGGAGAACUUGAAGCAAAGCUUAAUGAAAAUUUACGCAGAAAUAUUGAAAGGAUUAAUAAUGAAAUUGAUCAACUCAUGAAUCAAAUGCAGCAGAUUGAAACCCAACAAAGAAAAUUCAAAGCUUCAAGAGACAGCAUUUUGUCAGAGAUGAAAAUGCUGAAAGAAAAGAGACAACAAUCUGAGAAAACAUUCAUGCCUAAGCAACGCAGUUUACAAAGUUUAGAGGCCAGUUUACAUGCCAUGGAGUCAACACGAGAGUCAUUAAAAGCAGAACUGGGAACAGACUUGUUGUCUCAACUCAGCUUAGAGGACCAGAAGCGGGUGGAUGCACUUAACGAUGAAAUCCGACAGCUACAACAAGAAAACAGACAACUUUUGAAUGAAAGAAUCAAGCUUGAAGGUAUCAUCACACGAGUUGAAACAUAUCUCAAUGAAAAUUUGAGGAAACGCUUAGACCAAGUUGAACAAGAGCUAAAUGAACUGAGAGAGACUGAAGGUGGCACUGUCUUAACAGCCACUACAUCUGAGCUUGAAGCAAUCAACAAGCGAGUAAAAGAUACACUGGCACGAUCAGAUGAUUUAGACAAUUCAAUUGACAAAACAGAAGCAGGGAUCAAAGAACUGCAGAAGAGUAUGGAACGUUGGAAGAACAUGGAGAAAGAGCACAUGGAUGCUAUUAAUCAUGACACAAAAGAGCUUGAGAAGAUGACUAACAGGCAAGGCAUGCUUCUGAAGAAGAAGGAAGAGUGUAUGAAAAAAAUCAGAGAAUUGGGCUCACUUCCCCAGGAAGCUUUUGAAAAAUACCAGACACUGAGCUUAAAACAGCUGUUUCGUAAACUGGAGCAAUGCAACACGGAACUGAAAAAAUAUAGUCACGUCAAUAAAAAAGCCCUAGAUCAAUUUGUGAACUUUUCAGAGCAGAAAGAAAAGUUAAUAAAACGUCAAGAAGAGUUGGACAGGGGCUACAAAUCCAUCAUGGAGUUGAUGAAUGUCCUUGAACUCAGAAAAUAUGAAGCUAUCCAGCUGACUUUCAAACAGGUGUCAAAGAACUUCAGUGAGGUGUUUCAGAAACUGGUGCCUGGAGGAAAGGCCACACUUGUGAUGAAAAAGGGUGAUGUGGAAGGCAGUCAAUCUCAAGAUGAAGGUGAAGGCAGUGCUGAGAGUGAAAAAGGAUCAGGAUCUCAGAGCAGUGUCCCAUCUGUGGACCAGUUCACCGGAGUUGGCAUUAGGGUUUCAUUUACAGGCAAACAAGGUGAAAUGAGAGAGAUGCAGCAGCUUUCUGGUGGACAGAAGUCACUAGUAGCCCUAGCCUUGAUUUUUGCUAUCCAAAAAUGUGACCCGGCUCCUUUUUACCUUUUUGAUGAAAUUGAUCAGGCCCUGGAUGCUCAACACCGAAAAGCUGUAUCAGAUAUGAUUAUGGAAUUAGCAGAACAUGCUCAGUUCAUCACUACAACUUUCAGGCCUGAACUGCUUGAAUCUGCUGACAAGUUUUAUGGUGUAAAAUUCAGAAACAAGGUUAGUCAUAUUGAUGUGAUAACAGCGGAAAUGGCCAAAGACUUUGUGGAAGAUGAUACUACUCAUGGCUAAGUGAAGAAGAUACAUCUCUUGCAGAAAUGUAUAAAAUACUUGUGCCAACAUGAGGCAGUUGUAUAAAUCUGAAACAUGUUUAUUGUUGAAAAACUAUUUUAACAUAGUUAAUAGACCAUCUGAAAAUGAUGCUCUAUCAUAGAUCUUGAAAUCCAUUUUAUGUGUAUGGUGUUGUGUUGCUUCAAAAAGACACCUGUUGAUUUCAUCUUUAUACUAUGUGCAGUUAGGAAAGUUGUCCUGAUUUUUUUUGUAAAGUGUCUUUUGGUUAAAAGUUUUCUAAUGUCAGGUCUUUCUUCCCAGUUAUGAUUUUUAUCAUUUAUAAUGCUUCAUCUGAUUUUUAAAAAUAGCUUCAAUAAAACAGUUGGUUUUAAUCCUGAUAUUUAGAUAUUUGCCUUGUUCUUCAGAUCUGCUGUGGUGUCUGGCAUUAAUUCAUGUUUAAUGUAGCUUGAUUAUAUGAUGGAUGGGGAGUAGAUCAGUAUGUAACAGAAUUCAUACUGGAGUUUAAGUAUCUGCUUUUAUUUCAUUUGCUUUUAUAUAAUAUGAGGGCUUGUAUUUCUUGCUUAUACAUCUGAAUUUACGUUUCUCACUUUGAUUUAUGUACAACAUUGGUUCACAAUUAAAUUGAUUUUCUGUUUAGUCAUUUUUACUUUUAUAAUGGCCAAAGGAGUAAUUUAUCUUCAACACUGCCCUCACCUUCCUGCUCUGUCCCUCUCCAGCCCAGCAUAGUUGCAUGCACAUUGCCUGUUCUGUCUAAAUAAAACUUAUUUUCAAUGAC